UCUGCGGUGCAGCAAUGCAUUACUAUGACGUGAACUGCCAUUGAUCUUGCGGGAAUUUGUGUCGAAAGCUCGUGACAAUGCCAAAGAGUGCCUGCCUCGAUCGUCAGGCAUCAGCUGUCUGCAGAGCAGGAGUACUCACGCAAGUUUCGGGAAUAACGUCUGCCCUUUCUCUAGCGUUAUCCAUCUUUGAUUCUCCAUAAAUCUACUCCAAUCUCAAUACUCAAAUCACCAGCACCAGAUUAGGUAAUUUACCAUGGCGGCAGCAUCAGCACCGAAAUUAGAAGGCAAAGUCGCCAUCGUCACCGGCGGAGCAGCCGGCUUCGGGGCCCAGAUAGCAAAGACCUUUGUCGCCAACGGCGCAAAAGUGCUCAUCACAGACAUCAAUGAAGAUGCCGGCGCGAAAACGGCGGCAUCCGAGAGCUCCUCAAGCCUGAAAUUCUUCCGCCACGACGUCACCAGUGCCGACGACUGGAAGGCUACGCUGGAAUACGCAGUCAAGGAGUUCGGCCACGUCGAUAUCCUCGUCAAUAACGCUGGCGGCACAUACAAGAUGAAGCCGACGCUAGAAGUCACCGAGAAAGACUGGGAAUUUGUCUUCAAUCUGAACGUCAAGAGCAUCUUUCACGGGAGCAACACUUUGGUCCCUCACUUCAUUGAGCGCGGCAAAGGUGGCUCUGUCGUCAACAUUGCCUCGGUUGGUGCAUCGCGGCCAAGACCAGGGCUUGUGUGGUACAACUCAACGAAAGGCGCCGUGGUCAAUGCAACGAAAGGUUUGGCAUCAGAGUAUGGACCGCACCAGAUUAGAUUCAACAGCGUGGCUCCGCUCCUGACGGGAACCGGUCUAUUCUCGAGCUUCGUGGGUGUCGAGGAUACGCCGGAGAAUCGCGAGAGCUUUAACAAACAGGUGCCUUUGGGUCGAUUGGGUGAGGUACAGGAUACUGCAAACGCGGUGCUAUGGCUAGCAAGCGAUGAUGCAAAAUUCAUUACUGGUAUCAACAUCAAGGUUGAUGGUGGCAAGUGUAUCUAGUACCGUCACACACAAACCGAAGUGUCAAAGACACGUAACGCGCCACUACGUCGCUAUUCAUCAUUUCUAGGUCAUACCACAAUUAGCACUGCUUCAUAUUGCUACACCGUCCA